AUGUCACUCUCGGCUGUAAAGAGGCCUGGUCUUGGCGUCCGUGUCUGUCCGUCAGACGGCGGCUUUCCGCUUCCACAACCGCCAAACUGGGUCGCCAAGACGCCCAACCAGGGCCGGACCAUCCCCCUUCCGACGCCGACGCAACACCCAUCAGCCUGUGCUCACCACGAGCCCUCGGGGUGGCAGGGAGCAACGGGAAAAUCCGAUCAAACCAAGCAGCUAGCCCUAUUUAUCUGA